ACCAACCACCACCCUUCUUCCCCUGCUCCGUCUUCUAGAAGCAAGUUCAAACAAAUGGCGUCCUCGUCGCGUUCCGCCUCCUCCGCUGCCCAACCCUCGCGACCGCCACGCCUCGCCUCCGCCUCUCCCACGGCCGCGCGCGACCUCAGGUUCGAUGCCCUCCGCCUCAUCCACACGCGCCUCACGUGCCUCGUCGACCGCCGCGCCAUGGCCCGAGUCUGCCACUCGUGGCGCGUCGCCGUCAAGCCGCAGGUGCCUCAGCCGGAGGAGGUCCCGCUCCCGUACAUCCUCCUCCCGGGAGAUGGAGGUCCUUCCUUCUCAUGCGCUCUCCGCGGCUGCGCCACCCACCGCUUCAGCGUCCCGCCCUUCGCGCGCGACGCCCGCUUCUUCGGCGCCUACCCCGGCGGCUGGCUCUUCCUCGCCGUCGGCCACACUGACGGGAACGCGAUCCUCAACCUCCGCACCGGCCGGCACUUCGUCCUCCCCGAGAAAGUUCGCCUGGAAGAUCGGCCGACGGAGGAGGACAUGGUCAUGGUCGCGGCGACACUCUCUUCGCCACCGGAGAACGAACACUGCAUCGGCGCCGGCAUCCUCUGCUGCUUGCCCAAUGUCAUCGAUGCAAACAUUUAUGCAUUCUGGCGCGUCGGUGCGGAUGCGGGUGCGCUUGCGGCGGUGCCGGUGGUGGCGAAUGGUGACGACGUCAGCAACACUUGGUCGAUGUCAAAUCUGCAGGAUGUCAUACACCACAAUAAUGCCUUCUACUUCCUCACCAGAGAAGAAAGCCUCCUUGUGUUUCCAGUAUCUGAGUUCGCCGAAGUGGACGGCGGCGAGCUGGCGAUACCAAUCUUCGAGGAUCUCCUCUUCCCUCAUUAUUGUGGGUUCGGCCGUUACGACACGAACGACGUUGUUGUUCGCUACCUGGUGGAGUCUCACCGGCGUCUCCUCAUGGUGGUUAGGCUCGCUCCUGGUCCUCUCCCCAUGCCGUCGCCGACGUCGGCGUUCAGGGUGUUCGAGAUGGUGAAACGACAGACGAUCCCCACCAACAACGAGGAGACCGAGUACGGCUGGAAGGAGCUGGAUUCCUUGGAUGGCCGUAUGCUGUUCGUCGCCCGAGGCUGCUCCAGAUCCUACGAAGUGGCCAGGUAUCCGGGGUUCAAGGAGGGCGUCUACUUCCUGGACGACGGGAGACUCUACGAUGAGUUGACAAAGUUCACGGAUGAUGCGGAGCGGCGCUACCCCUGCAGAGACAGCCGCAAGUGGCUGGCAUCGCUGGAGGCGGUUCCCCGCGUGGACAACUUCUUGCCGGAGCAAGGCCCAUCGGACUACUCACCGCCGGCUUGGCUUCUCCCCUGAGAGUUCCCGAGUUGGUACAGGUAUGCUUGCUGCCGAUCUGGCUGAGAUGUGCUUAGCUUACAGCUGAUGUACUUUUGCUGCGAUGGAUGAUGUAGUCUUGAUGAUCAGCCAGUAGUUUGUUGUUUCAGUCGAGAUCUGAUGCGAUAACCAAUCAGUUGUCAGUAUAAUCCUCCUUCAGUUGUCAAUAGACUUACAUGAAUGCAAUUGCAAUGUUUUAAGACACAAUGCAAUUGAAAUGUGAUAUACUAUAUGAUGAUUUGCAUGAAUGCAGUAGCGAU